AGCGACAAGUAACAAUGGGUCAAAGCCAGAGUGGAGGACACGGUCCAGGAGGGGGCAAGAAGGAUGACAAGGACAAGAAGAAGAAGUAUGAGCCCCCAAUCCCCACCAGAGUUGGCAAGAAAAAGAAGAAGACCAAGGGACCAGAUGCUGCCAGCAAGCUCCCACUAGUCACCCCUCACACCCAGUGUCGUUUGAAGUUACUGAAGCAGGAGCGAAUUAAGGAUUACCUGCUGAUGGAGGAAGAGUUCAUCAGGAACCAGGAGCAGAUGAAGCCCCUGGAAGAGAAACAAGAGGAGGAGAGGUCUAAGGUGGACGACCUGAGGGGGACCCCAAUGUCAGUGGGUACUCUUGAGGAGAUCAUUGAUGACAACCAUGCCAUUGUCUCUACCUCAGUGGGCUCGGAGCACUAUGUCAGCAUCUUGUCCUUUGUGGAUAAAGACCUACUGGAGCCAGGCUGCUCCGUCCUGCUCAACCACAAGGUGCAUGCUGUGAUCGGGGUGUUAAUGGAUGACACUGACCCCCUGGUGACUGUAAUGAAGGUGGAGAAGGCGCCCCAAGAAACAUAUGCUGACAUCGGAGGACUGGACAGCCAGAUCCAGGAGAUUAAGGAGUCAGUGGAACUGCCCCUCACACAUCCAGAGUAUUAUGAAGAGAUGGGCAUAAAGCCCCCCAAAGGAGUCAUCCUGUACGGUCCACCUGGCACAGGUAAGACCCUGUUAGCCAAGGCGGUAGCAAAUCAGACGUCGGCCACUUUCCUGCGCGUGGUGGGGUCGGAGCUGAUCCAGAAAUACCUUGGAGACGGGCCCAAAUUGGUCAGAGAGCUCUUCAGGGUGGCAGAAGAGCACGCCCCCUCCAUUGUCUUCAUUGACGAGAUUGACGCCAUUGGGACCAAGAGGUAUGACUCUAACUCUGGUGGUGAAAGGGAGAUCCAGAGGACCAUGCUGGAGCUGCUCAACCAGCUGGAUGGCUUCGAUUCGAGGGGAGAUGUCAAGGUUAUCAUGGCCACCAACCGGAUAGAGACCCUGGAUCCAGCUCUCAUCAGACCUGGGAGAAUUGACCGUAAGAUUGAAUUUCCCCUACCGGAUGAGAAGACCAAGAGGAGGAUCUUCCAGAUUCACACCAGCCGAAUGACAGUGGCUGACGACGUAACCCUUGAUGACCUCAUCCUGGCCAAGGACGACCUAUCAGGAGCUGAUAUCAAGGCCAUCUGCACAGAGGCCGGCCUGAUGGCCCUGCGAGAGCGGCGCAUGAAGGUCACCAACGAGGACUUCAAGAAGUCCAAGGAGAAUGUCCUGUAUAAGAAGCAGGAGGGAACACCAGAGGGGCUUUACCUCUAACCUUUAAACUUUCACCCUGCUUUCAAACAAUCCCCCGCACACCUGACCCCUGUCCACCACUGCAGUGUGAGAGAGAGAGGGAGGAGGCAGCAGUUGUUUCGUCUGUCUUCUCAGAGAGUUUUGAUAUAUUUUGUGCAUGUUUUGUUCGUCUCAUCCCACUCUCUUGUUAUCGUUAUGUGAUGUGGCAAUAAAUAAAACCAAAAGA